AUGCAGUGCAGGAAGGCAGAACAACGGUCCGAGUGGUGCAGCUGUACAGGCAACAUCGAGGUCGAGCAGACCAUGAUCCACAAGAUGCUCCAUUUGAGCUUCGCCUUUUUCAUCCUGGUGAUCAUUGCAAGCUACACUGCCAGUCUCACCACGGAGCUGGUGGUCCAGGCGGAAGCUCAAGGGACGUUGGCGGAUUUGACGGAGGCGAUGCAGCAGGACCCUCCCGUCAAGAUCUGCGUGCCGAGCGUCCUCAAGGAGGUCUUCGAAACGGUCUACAGCUACGAUCACUACGUGGGAAUCCCCUAUGACUCCGGGCCCUAUGAGAUCUACAACGACAUUUGCGGUGCUUUGAUCCAGUCGCAAGACUUCAUCAACUCCAUGAAGGCCGGGAAUGUGGCCAAAGCCGACGAGGCGAAGGGGCGGCCCAACUGGAACGUGGGCCUCGGUGGGCAGAAGCGCAGCGACUGCGACCUCAUGGAGGUGGGGAAGGUCUUGUGGAACGUGCCUUUGGCCUUCCCAAUUCGAAAGAAGAUGCAACACCCUCUCUCCUGGGCCUUUGUGAAGGCCUGGGCGUCUGGCAUGUUCCAGGAUUUGACCGAUAGGGUGAACGCAGACCUCAAGCCAGUCAGUCAAUGCGAGGCGGUGAGCACUCGUGAUGAAUCCUCCGGCCUCGAAUUGGGUGACAUCUCAGGCGCCAUCUUCAUCGGCUUGUUCAUUGCAGUGGUGGGUGGCUGCUGCUACUUGGGAGAGUUGAUCUACCAGAAGGUGCGUCCCCCACCGGAGGAGCCUCCAUCGGUGGAUGGUCCGGUGGAGGGUUCAUUGAAGCCGGUAGUGGAGGAGGAGGAGCCGGUGACGGUGGUCGACGUGGAUCGUCAAAUGCAAAAUGAUGAUGUCGAUGAACCGAUGAGCUCUCGUGUUUGA